AUGGUGCGCCUCUUUGUUCCCAAGUUCAGGAGCAUACACCAUCUCUUGCUCCUACUAGUGUUGGGGUGGAUCGUGACAUUUCUCGUCCACGAACGGCUUGUGCCCUAUCUAACCAUAGGUAGAUGCAAAUGGCCACAGGUGUCCCCCUCUCAUUUACCCAAUAAGGAUGUAGUUCAGGACGACGAGCUAGACGGGCAGCUUCUACAUUCAGAUCAAGACCAGGACUCGCGCUCGUCAGAUGAUGUCACUAACGUGUUGUUGAUCGCAGAUCCACAACUAAUCGAUAACCACACCUACCCUGGCCGAAACGAGUGGCUCCUCAAGCUUUCACAACACACAGUAGAUGUCUACUUGAAACGCAACUACAAAAACAUGAUUCGCCAACUAAAGCCGGAUUACGUCUUCUUCCUAGGUGACUACUUGGACAACGCCCGUGACUCUAGGAAAAAGUACUAUCUCAACGAACUCAAACGGUUCAACUCUAUCUUCUACGAUAAAACCACUACAUCUGCAAACUACAAGAAGGACACCAACUGGUUUGUAAACGUUCCGGGUAACCAUGACAUCGGAUUCAGCGAUUUGGUCAACUUGAAGGCUCGUAAACGUUUCAUCAAGAACUUUGGCAACCCCAAUUCUAUCACCACUAUCAACAAUGUAGACUUCAUACUGUUGGAUUCGUUGUCAUUGUCAUCGUCAGAAAGCCAAAUCAACGCUCCAGCCAAAGAGUUCGUCAACAGCAAUUAUGGAUCCAACAUCGUCAAGACGAAUCCCCGUGUGCUCUUGACUCAUGUGCCUUUAUAUAGGGAUCCUUCGCUUAGUUGUGGAUCUUUGCGUGAAAGUACAGUUUUUGAUGUAGAGGGAAAGGGCUAUCAGUACAAGUCUACUAUUGAUAAAUCCAUUUCGGCGGAUUUGCUCGAGAAAAUCGAGCCUGAUAUCAUCUUUACUGGUGACGACCAUGACUACUGUGAUAUUGUUCAUCCUGAAACAAAGUCACGGGAGAUCACCGUGAAGUCCAUCAGCAUGGCUAUGGGGAUCCGAUAUCCUGCGGUACAGAUGUUGUCGUUUACCAAUUCAGAAAAGGAGGAUCACGACGGUACUGACUUCAAGUACAAUACCAAUAUCUGCUACGCCCAGACUCCAUAUGUAAAUGUAGCGCAUUACGUAACGUUUGCUGUGAUAUCAGGCUUGCUUAUUCUCUGGUGGAAUAUCAAGCAGAGAUCGGCUCGUUUAAGGUACUCGUCGAUUCUCCCUAUAAAUGCUGAUACGGUCAGCAUCGAGCUCACGACUAAUUCAAGCAAGAUCCAGAACUUUCUUCGUGAACAAGACGAAGAAGAUCUCAACACACCACCAGCCCUGGCGCAUUCCGAGGGUUCGCAUUCGUUGCCUACGGUUAAACCAUUAAACAUCCCCUUGUAUACUUUCACCGGAACCCAAUCUGGCUUCUUCGACAGCUCCCGUAUAGGCCAGUUUGUAGCGGCACCGUUCAGACGGAUGGCUGCUUUUCUGCGCAACUGGAAUCUCGUGCCGUUUUUCAAGCAUUCGCUUUUCAUGGCUUUGGUGGUGAUUUCCAUCUACUACGUGGGUUUCUGCAUGACACUAUAA